AUGUCGGCACCCAACACGCCCCCGAAAUACCUCUACAAGAUCCUCGACGUAGAGCCGCCGGUCCCGCUACCAGACGAAUUACCUCUCUCCGAGCUCGAUGCGAACGAUGGGUUCAUUCAUCUGAGCGUUGCGGAACAGAUACCCAGCACGGGCGGCCUCUUCUUCGAUGCCCACAAGACCCUCUGGGUACUUAAACUCAACUUCGAGAGCCUGGGGACCGUGAAAUGGGAAGGGAGCGAUGACGACGGGAGGGCGUUCCCGCAUCUGUACGGGGGCUUCGGGGCGAAGGAGGUCGUGGGUGUUAAGAUUGUGGAAAGGGCUGGCGGGGAGGGAUGGAGAGGGAUCUUUGAGAGGGAUGAGUGGUUAGAGUAA